AUGAACAGAAAUGAGUUCAACACAAGUAUUUUGGCGCUUAAGGAGUAUAUAAGCGCCCAAUCGUACUGUGAGAAUAUUGAGCUUGUUAAAGGCAUGAUAGCCACACAAUCCGACUCUCUUAAGGUAAGAACAAGAUUAUUUCAAGUUUCAGAUUCCGUUAUUGGGCCAAUUGACUUGGAUCUUGAAAUAUUGAUCACUUUUAGUGAGUCCUACGAGGCUCCUACGAUAUUUUUCAGAAUAUAUAUUUAUAGGCAGGAAAAAUUGGCUGAGGAAAGAAAGCUCAGCUUUGAGCGUCAUAUUCUUGAAUUGGUAGUGGGUACUGAUUCCGCAGAAUGUGGCCUUAGGGUCCCAUAUAGUGGGAAAAAUCCGAAUGCGCUGAAUGCUGACAAUAAACAGAGAGAUCUCGUUUCGGAUGAUAUUGAUGAGCUUAUUGAAGAUGAAAGUACGCCCGAUAUGACAAUUAAGGGAGGUGAACGUACUUAUGGUGGUGGCCCAUCGAUAGAAAUCACUGAUUACGACAAUUUCGGAGUUUAUUACUUCAUUCAUCCAUGCCAAACGAGGCAAUUAAUGGAUCAGGUGGGCGAUUUUGGCGGCGAAAGUCUCCUGAAAUGGUGGAAUUUCUAUUCCGGGCCCAUAUUAUGGAGAUUUCGGAUAAGCAGCGGGAAAUCGGUAAGCAAACUGUCGGAUAAAGCAAAUAUGUGUUAA